UGAUAAGUUUCUGGAAUCCCUCACUCCUCUCUCUCUCUCUCUCUCUCUCUCUCGAUUUUUUUAGGGUUGGACUGAAUCCAAGGACUCGACACCGAGGGGAAUUCCAUUCGAUCUCGUUGUUUUCUCUGCUUGAUAUGAGCACGGGGGAGGCUCGGAUUUGCCCGUUUCUUCCCCGAUUUGGGCAGUAGGAAAGCCAUAUGAGCUGUUCGAUCGAAUAUUUUAAUCCUUGCCAUCAUAUUGUUGAGAUCGAUACUUGUACAUAUUGGUGGUAUUAAGAUGGGCAGUGGUCUGGGCUGCAAUAAGUCUGGGGAAAAGGUCACCAGAGAAGCAUUACGUAGAGCUUAUCAUUUUACUCUCCUUCUUUCUCCUGUUGUUUCCUUUUGGGAUUGUAUUUUUUGCAAAAUGAGAUACUCCUUCAGACCUGAAUGGAUGUAGCAUUAUGGUGGUAGCUGUUGAAGUAGUUUCUUGUUCAGAAGAGUUCAGUAACUUAUGUAAAGUUUAGGCGAGAUGGUACUGGAAGUGAUUCUAUUUCAUCAAUAGUCAUUUCAAAGAUAUUGAGCUGAGACCAGCAUUUUAGAAAGAGGAAUCAUGGAAAAAGUUCGAUGUGGUCAAGCAGGUGCAGUCCUGAAGAAAGGGAAGAAGAAGCAGGCCAAAGAUGAACUGGAUCGCCUAAAGCAGGCCGAGAAGAAAAGAAAGCGCCUAGAGAAAGCACUCGCUACCUCUGCAGCCAUAUGCUCUGAAUUGGAGAAGAAGAAACAGAAGAAAAUAGAAGAACAACGGCGGCUUGAUGAGGAAGGUGCUGCAACAGCUGAGGCUGUUGCUCUGCAUGUCCUUCUAGGGGAGGAUACAGAUGAAACCUGUCAUUGCAUGCUGAACAAUAAUAGAAGAUGUUACCCUGGGGAUUGCUCUAAGAAUUUUGACUUUUUAAAGGGUUAUCAUGUUUUCACAAAAUAUUCUGUUGGGGGACUGGGAUGGGCCACUGAUGCAUAUGGACCUGUGUGGAAGUGGAAUGAUUGGGUGCUUGGACAGUCAAAGCCUUCUGAGAUGCAUGCAAGACAUCUACAAGCAUCGUAUUAUGAGGAGACAGGUGAAAGAGCAGAUAUAUCUGCAGGAUGUUUAGCAGCAGAGGCAGUCUCAUCACUUAGAAUUGCAGAAAAUUCACAUGAUGGCUAAUUUGCUGGCCAAGGACUGGCAAAUGUUGUCAUCAAUAGGAAGCUGAGAUGCAGCAGCGUGGGUAACCAAGUUAAUUUUUACAAGGAGUAAUAAGUACAUUAUAUGUAGACUUGUAUAUAGCUGUCGCAAAUUAGCCUUUUUUUCCAUUUUGAGUGACUUAAAAUAUCUUCCUAAUUUAAUGCUAUAUUCUUGUCAUGGAAUGCGUGUUAAGGAAUGUCUGAAGGAGCUUGUCAUAUCCGCUGUUUAAGAACACUGGCAAGAUCUGCUUCGCUGUAUAUGUUGUGUUUUAAUUGUACAAUAAGAUUAUCAUAUGUAAUUUGUUAUUAGUCAAAUAAAUCAUUUGUUGCUUUUGAUAAACAA